GAAAUAGGCUAGAGGGGGAAUUCCAGUAUAAGCUGUAAGUCCCUCCCUCCGGUCGGCGCAAUGCGACCAGUGUCUCACCACUCCGUCAUGUAGGAGGGAGGGACUUUUUUAAGUUAGGCAUCAUGUCUGGAUUAGAAAAAUCCCUUUUCCAGCUCAAGUUUACCGCCAAACAAUUACAGAAACAGUCCCGAAAGGCCGCCAAAGACGAAGUAACUGAGAAAGCCAAACUGAAGAAGGCUUUACAACAAGAUAACGUAGAUGGAGCGAGGAUAUAUGCGGCGAAUGCAAUCCGUAAACAUAACGAAUCCUUAAAUCUGUUGAGACUGUCUUCGCGCAUCGACGCCGUCAGUAGCAGAGUUGAAACUGCCGUUACUAUGAGGAGCGUCACAUCGAGCAUGACAGGCGUUGUAAGGGGCAUGGACCGAGCGAUGGAAAGUAUGAACCUCGAUCGCAUUGCGAUGGUGAUGGAUAAAUUUGAAUCUCAAUUUGAAGAUAUGGAUGCCCAGGCGGGUUGUAUGGAAUCUGCGAUCAGUCAAACAACAGCGUCCUCGAUGCCACAAGACCAAGGAGAUUUACUGAUGCAAAAAGUCGCUGACGAAGCCGGAUUAGAGAUCAAGCAUGGAUUGGGUGAAGUGCCCAAGUCUUCGGUCGGUGUUGCCGAACAGGAACCGGUGGCCAAUCAAGAAGCACCGGAAGACGCAUUAGCUCAACGCCUUAAAGCACUCACACCAGCAACCUGA